UUUUUUGCCUACAAGGCCUCUAGUUACAGGUUCAGUCUCCAGAGUUCUACCCAAUGGCAGUUUAUCGGAAGAAAAGUCCAGUUGUGCUUAACUAUGGACAUCCCAGAGUCUACCCCCAUAAAAUGUAAGAUUAAACUCCCAUUUAACGGCACUGCUAUAAUGCGAAUCACAGAAGUCCAGUUCGUUGCCGUCAGCAAACACCUUACCGCCAGCAUCAACACAACCACACUUAUAUCUUCCGCAAAUGAUGAUAUAAAUGAUAUUUGUUGGAUUGACCUUGGAAAUAUCACGCGGGGCUCAUCUGAAAACGGCACUCAGAUUAAGAUCGAAUUCGAGGUUCAGGUAAUGAAUCACGCGCAUAUCGUUAACAGAGACGUGCAGUGGGUAAGCGUCGGAGUUCAGUACAUAAACCAAUCCGUCUGGGCAUCACAGCUUGGGAUUAAAAUCAUUUAUCCAGGAAGAGUCAAGAAACCAGAUUUAAAGUUCUCUUUCUGGGCUGAUAUUGGAGGUUUUAGCAUUAUAGCAAGGUAUGUCUGUCUUAAGCACCACCUUUUUUCCGAAAAAAAAAAAAUAAUAUAUAUAUAUAUAUAAAGAAUCACAACGAGAGAGUUUUCUCAGCCUCAAUACUUCUAGUCAAUAGUCACAAGUUAAACUCUCCCUACACACCCCCGCUUAAGCUUGCAAAAAAACUGUUCCGCCAUCCCUGUACCUUAUCUCUUGUAUACGAAAUCUUAACACACGGUUUAAUUAUUUUAUAUCUUUCCAAAUAGGGAUGAGGCUAUCUAUCGACUGAUAUUGUCCCAUUCCGAUUUGACCACUGAUGAAGUGGUGAGUGGGAUAAUUGAAUGGCCUUUGCCUCCUGUUCUUCUACUAAAAACAUGGCAGAAAGUUGGUUCGUCAAUUAAUAUGGAAGUCAUGAACGAUACAGAAACUGUUGUCAUGAAGGUGAGGAUGAUUGGCCUAGGCAAUAAUGGCUCUUAUCUAAUCCGAAUCAAUCCUCCCCUCUCCCCUUACAAGUCUGCCUACUUGUCUGUAUUGCUUGUACCACUUAUUUUAGCUUCUACAUUUUUUGUUUUUUUCCAUGCCGCCCACAGGCGUUUUUUUCUUUUUCUUUUUUUUUUCGAAACGGGACCUAAAGGUACGUGGAGGAGGGGCAGGCAAGGGGAAGGGGCGAGGAGAAAAAGGAGAAAAAAAACUAACCCUAGCCUUCCCCCUUCCCUAUUUUGACGCGUCAACCUCUCGGUCAAUCGAAAGUCCAAAUUUAUCGCACAGCAGGGAGGAAGGAGCAUAUUCAGCUUUGGAAAUUGACCUAAUAGUCAAUUUUAAUCAAUAAUAGCCAAAAGCAUACAUUUGUAGUCUCGGGCACAAAGCCUUUAUCUUUCAUUUCCUGUGUCAAAAUAUUUAAUGAAUUUAUGGUCAGUAAGGGUCUCUAGUCUCCAUUUUAUUUGAAACUUAUUGCUUUUCAGUUUGGAGAACUCAAGUUUGCAGAUACAAUCGACCUCAAAGUCACCUUUUAUCUCGACUUACACAAGAUGAGAGCUGACGGAAAACUCCAUAACUUGACAAUACACUUAAAUAUCAAGUAUAACGGGACACCAGACGCUUGCAGCUCUUUAUCUGCUUCUCGCGAGUUUAUUUAUGACCAACUGGUAGCUGCUUCUAUCAAGUAUUACGUCCCACGUAAGUUUAAACAUUUACCAUUGGAAGUUACGAGGUGCAUGCGCAUUCCCGAGAAGUGUCGCAGAACAGUGUUUUGGGAAUGGGGACUCCAGGAAAAUUCGCUUUGGAUAUUAUCCAAGCUCGAAUAUAUUUCAGACCCAGAUUUCGUUUCUCCUUGUCGUAUUUUAAACCUUAACAAAAGCAUAAACCCUAGGACAAAAGGGCUUAAAAAAAACAUAUUCAUUGGAGUCAAACAGACCUCUAUACACUGUAGCUACUAUGAGGGAGUUCCCCUUUUGAUAUUGGCUUGUCUUCAUUUACUUAUUAUAUCUCAUUUAUUCCAUUCCAUAUUACAUUUUAUGCUCCAUUUUUAAUUGUUUUGCACUUUUAAGCGCCUUGAACAAUUUAAGUAACUUCCCUUCAUUUGCAGUAUCAUACCAAGUGAAAACAUCUGUUUGAAGUUUAUGUUAUGGUUUAAUUUUACCCUUGCUUUGAAUUUUUAUUUUCCUUUGUUUUUCGGUAUGGUAAUGCAUGAUGAUGAGUUUGAAAUAAAGGAAUAUAAAAUUUAAGCCAAUGAUAAAAUUGAACCACAUAUAAAAUUGUAUCAAACAGAAAUAUGGCAGCAGCGAUGAAAAGAACAUUGAAAUUUUAAAGUGAAAAAUGAAUAAAUAAAUAAAUAAAUAAUCAAACGUCAGAUCGAGUGGCUAAAAAAGGUACGAAAGAAAAUCGUCCAAGAUAGUUGUAUCACUAUUUGAGUUAAGAAUGCUUGUGAAGAAAAUAACAUUCGACUUGAAAAGCACAAUUGAAAUUUUGUUACUCAAAACUGGGAAUUGAAAACAUUAGUGCUGAUUCUGGGAUAAACGUCAAGCAAUCUUGUUAUUAAUGGCAUGGGUUCUUACCAUUUAAUUUACACAAGCCACAAGGAUGCAAAUCUUGUGCAUAAACAUAAAACUAUAAAAUUUAACGUGGUAGAAGAACGAUGCUCUCCGACGUAUAUCUAAAUCAGCUGUGCAGACUAAGAAGAAUAUAAAGAUAUGAUUCCCACAUCAAACCACAGCCGCAGUUUUCUAUAGCUUCCUAAACGGAAUGAUCAUGCGAACCAUCUGAUUUUCCAACCAGAAUUUUCGACUUUUCCGUCUUUCUCCUUCUACCCUACCUUCCUUUAAGAAAAAAAUGUUUACUUUAGGCUACUUGGGAUUCUCUUUCUUGUUUUGUUUUUGUUUUUGUUUGUUUGUUUGUUUUUUUCUGUAGGGGGAUCAUGUGACGAGCCCCUUGGAAUGAAGGAUGCUAGCAUCACUAAUGCCCAGAUCACCGCCUCGUCCCAUUCCGUAGACGGGGAACCUUUUGAAGCCAGGCUGGACGGUGACAAUGCUUGGAUACCGUGGAUGAUGCUGUCGUAAGUUUCCAGACAUACAUAUUUGUGUCCUAAUCUUGCGUUUGCAGAGUUUGCUCAAGGACAGUUGUGUCAUCGUGUCCGAAAAGAAUAUCUCCAAAGCAUAAUAUGCUAGUAAUAGUUGACACUACCGUUGCCCCCGUUCUGUGUGUUGUCGGUCAAUAGUAUUCUUGGUCGUUGCGUAGCCCUUUGAAAUACACUAUACUGAUUCGUAAUGAACAUGCACUGAUUCAGUUCGAUUUAUUCAGCUUUGAUUAGAAUGUUGGUUUAUCUCUGUCGACACGAAGAGAGGGAAAUAAGAAGAAGAGUCGAAGUAUGACUGUACAAUUAGUGUCACAGUGUUUUGCGUAAUCCUAACCAUCUCUUACUUGCGGGCGUGAACAAUAGAAAUGUCAUCAUUAUCCAGCGAUUCUAUGAGGCCCCUGAUCAAGUAAAUCGAGAUUUUUUCUGUAUACUGACCAUCUAUUUCAGCUGUACGUGUUUUUCUACAUACACGCUUGAGCUACUAGGAUGCCUGCAGGGGCAAAAACGUUACCAAAAAAAAUGAGCUUGCCCUCUCUUUUUUCCAGAAUCCUGAUUGUUUGACUGUUUCCUGUUACUUAUAUACCUUCCUCGUUUGAGAGGUUCUUUUCAUGUUUCAUUUAAUUUGGUAGCAGAUCCCACCGUUUGAAUUUUGAUGUAUUUUUUGACAGCUAUCUUAACGCGCCUCUUAGAAUUUGUUGUAUGAAAAUAAGCUAAAUGAAAUCUUUAAGACAAAAAAAUAAAGAGAGUUGAAAUAUGAAGAUCAUCUCAAAACUUUAAAACAUAAGAGAGCUAAGCAAUGCAGUUGUUGGUAGCCAUGAAAAUCUAAUUUGUCAGUUAUUUUUUAACUUAUUUGCGCGUCCUUUCUUAUGUGAAAUUUCCUUGUCUAUUAAUUACAGGAAAGAGAAAAACCAAUAUUUGGAAGUUAAUUUCAAUGACAGGGUCAUAAUUCGUCGGCUCAGCACGCAAGGCCGUGUCAAGAGCUUGGCAAUAUUUUACAGCGACGAUGGCGUUAUUUUUGAACAUUACAAGCAAGGAAGCGAAGGCGAGGUAAAAGAUCUUCUUCUCGGAGGGACUCGGGAAAUUCCCUUCGGCCAUGCCCCAUAUCAUUAUUUUUUUUAACACGGGUAUUUGUUUUGUAUUUCAAGGAUUUAAAGGCCAAUAAUAAUGAAAACUAUGGAACCGUGAUCCUUCUUCCCGUACCUGUUGAGGCUGUAUUUGUCCGAAUUAAUCCAACUGCUUGGCAAACCUCAGGCAUCAGCCUAAAAGUUGAGUUUUAUGGAUGCAAACUCAGUCAGCCUGUUAUUCCAGGUAAUUGUUACCUAUUUUCAAUGAGUAAUUUACCAAAUUAACAUAAUUCUGCAAAAUCGUAAGGUUUGAGUGAUGUCCGAAGAUCGAGCUACAGUAAUAUUUGUACCACACUUGUAACAUGAUGAAUUUCAUCUUUGUAAUUCAUAGUAACGCCCUCUAUAAUGCCGAUUCUCUCGAUAAACUGUAAUAAUAUCACGGCCCAGAAGCAAAAGCCUAAUGUUUGAGGGUUCUAAAAUCAGAAUUAACCCCAUUAAGACUGGUUUUUUUCGCUUCCUACGACGCAUCAUACGGCCACCAAAAUACACAGAAUAAUGUACUCAUCACUUUUAACAUCUAAGCAAAAUUUGAUUGACACAUUGACCUAAUUUGAAGUCUUUAUGACGUCAUAUUGUGGAAUUCACUGGCAAAAUCUUAAUUUCCCUCAAGGUGGCGAUAACGCCAAAUAAACUAAAAGUUAUAAAGGUGUCUGAUCAGAAAUUAGCUAACACAUGAAUGAUCUUUAAUAAAAGCAGUUAUAUCAUGAUGGCGUCAUUUGUUACGAAAAUACGGAACUGGAAGUAUCCGCUAUCUUGGAUCCGCCAUUUUGAAUUACUUAAAUGUAUUCCGAUUUACUAAAAAACCCCGUAAAAAUCGAUGUAAUCGUAAUAGAAAAGUUGAUCUGUGUAUAAAAGGAUGCUUAGGAAGCAAAGAAUCUGCAAGUAUAAUUGAAAUUCCGAGAUAUAUAAACACUGUUUAAAACUUAACCCGGCGUCUGCCAUGUAGUCAUUUUGCGGUCUUGUUUUUUUUGUUGUUGUUGCUUUUUAUUUUUUUUAAUCCAAUUUGUCACUAAAAAGCCUGUAUUACAUGAGCAGUUAUCAAAAAUUUGAUAAAAUAUUGCGCAAUCAAGUGUAAUAUAAUAAUUCAAUAACUUAAAAUAGAAAACAAACGUUUUUAUAGGAAAGAUGCAAAUUUUAAAAAAAACAUGGCUGUCAAAACUAGGUUGCCAUUUAAAUGUCAAUGUUGAUGUAUACGUCACGACGACUUUAGGUCAAAAGCCCCGCCCCCCAGUCUGAAUAGGGUUAAGGUCACUUGAAAUUAGAAUUUACAAAGGAACUGACAGUUUCCCUAACAUCCGACAGCGCGCACUCUCUCAAAUCUUAAGGUAGCUAAUGGGAUUACAAAUAAACUGUCAUGUAACAGUAUUACGGUGUUCACGUACCUCUCUCUUAAAGUCAUUUUAUCGCACAACUAAUUCGGAACACCUCGCUGGAAAAGCUUCAUUUUGUUUCUCAACCUAAUUUUCGUCAGGUCAAAUUGGGUCGUCUUAAAAAAUAAACAGUCUUUUUUGCAGAAGAUGGGAAUAGUUGCUCUUCGCCUAGGCCUAUCUGUUUGAAGCCCGCGGUUUGGCUAUUAUACUGCGUUAAGAACAUAUGAGUUGUCAUUGUAACUAACCAUAUGAAUUUACGCUUUUAAUCUUCUUUCGAGGAGCUCGUUCUUAUAGAAUUUAUUUUCUCGACGUUGAUUAAGAAUGUGUGAAAUUUUGAAAGCGAAUACUUACAAUGGGCUGAGGUCCAUCGUGUCAAAUUUUGUUAACAUACAUGAAAUAACUGGCUGUUUUCUUGCGCAGGUAAUUUAACGUUCUCCAGUCGUGGAUACUACUUGGACGAAACUAAAGACAUCAUGUAUAUUUGUAGCGUGCCGACAAAAAAGUAAGUGAAAGAAAAGAGUAAAACAGACCAGUAACAAAUUUGGCUUUAAUCCAAAAAGGAACCGUGAAAGUUGAAGAGGGAGAAAGAGACUAUGCAAUGUAUAAACUGAGACUAGCCAUCACAACGAGAUAUUGACUGUUGCUGCCGUCGUCCUGCAAAGGGUUCGGCGUGGCUCGGAUUGCCACUUAAAAUGGCGGUCCUGUCUUAAGUAGAACAUGUAAAGACAGUGCUCCCAGUUAGUACUUUCGUGCUAAAUGCAUUGACACUCAAACAAAGUGCUUUUUUUCACUAAGUAAACAGAGUUCAUACAAAACAAAUAAACUGUAUAUAACUUUACCCAAUUUCAGUAAAAAAGCCCUUUUUUGGUCUUGAUCUGCUUGUAGGUUGUAAAGUAUUGGUAUAAUUUUGUUCCAACUAAAAAUCAUUUUUACUCAGUCAAUUUUUACGGACUUUGCCCAAACAAGGGAACGCUACCGGCUGUCCAUCUAAAGGGAAACGGAGUUUAAACGCCCUUUAGUCUAGCCGUUUACUACCCUUUUAACGAAAGGCGAUAGGUAAGCUUUCUCUUCCCUUCAAAUAGGUAAAAACAAGGCCUGGCUAGUUCAAACGCCGCUUUUCACAUGUUGCGAAAUUACAUCAGAUUCGAUACAUAUGAAAUGCGAUUUUUGAACCUGGCCUAAGAUCAUGGCAUCGGUGCUACCUUAUGGGAGCUUAGAGUCUGGUGGUCAGUGAUCUAAAGCUCUGGGACGGGAGCUGGCUUAAGGUAUGGUGACGUCACCAUACAAGCUAUUCCUGGUUUAACAGCGACUGAGUAAAGAGAGAAGAAAAUAAUAAACAAGUAAUAUUUGAUGAACUGAAUAUACAGAGUAGUUGCUUGAUUGUUUUCAGGAAGGAACAUUUAUGCAAGUGUUCUUUUAGCAGCGACCAAGGUGCCUCCUGGAUAGGUAACAUGGAAAUUGUACUUUACUGAUAUUAUUAUUUUUAAAGAAAAAACAUGUUCCUUCGCAUUGCUCUCAGUUUUAGCUGAUAUACUAUACCAAAAACCAUUUUAUAAUACAGAUGCUUUGUUGGCUACAAGAAAAGGUAUUUGACGAGAAAUAGAGUCUUUUGCAACCAAAGGCGGAAAUGUUUUGGACGGCAGUAAUGAGGAGGUUCAAGUUAAGGAGUGACCGUACUAGCUGGUACUUGUAUUGUUGUCUUCUCGCGUUUAGGCUUGGGUUUGAAAUAACUCGUUAUCAAAGACCCUGAAAACUAAAUGUGGUACGUACCCAUUAUUUCGAAAUGGUGACAUUUAAAUUCUUGUGUUUAAUUUCCUCUUAUAUAUAAAAGAAAAGAACUACUAUCACCAUUAUGGCCGGGAAUAAGGUGCAUUUUCUUUCCUCAAUUAAUAAUUCAGAUAUUACAAAGAUGAAAUGCGCAAUACAUCUCAGGAAACCUGGAAACAUGAACAAAGCUUUUGUUAAAUAGUUAGAACUAUGAUUGCUUCUUUAUUUAUAAUCCCUUGUUAUUAUUUUUAGCCAUGGACCACAGUGUAAUUUCUAUUCUUGGUCAUGACACAGUGAAACACAUUUUGUACGGAGUGAGCAUGAACGGGAGAGCUGUUUUGAAAAGCACUACAGAUCAUGCAGCGAAGUUCAUAGCUGUUCCGCUGAGCGACUGGGAGGCUGUUCAAGCCAGAGACACCACAAAUCUUGCUGUUAUGAUUGGAAAUGAUUUCGCAAUAAAUACUACCAACAAUACACCGAUGCCUAUAACCUCUUCUAAUGGAAGCGAGUGGGGAGGUACAUUUGUAGCCGGUUUAAUAAAGUAAAAAAAAUUAAUAUUGAAUUUAAACCUCUCAGUCAUAAAGAGCUGUGCUUUCAAUCCUGGCCGCAAACUAAAACCAUCUUUCACUUUUCUAAAUCUGCUGGUAAACAUCCAGUUCAUAAUCUAGCCUUUAGUUCUAUUCUUUUAUACUUUAAUUGCUCAUUUAUCGCUUUUUUAUCCAUUCGUUCGCAAUUCGUUAAUUCUUGAAAGAUAAGGAAACGCUAUUCUCUCAUUCUAUUCGAUUUUUCGAUUCAAAUACGGGCCCACCCACCGUCAUCUUCUUCUAUCCCAUUUCAUGUGGCCCAGACCCGUGUACCAUCAGUUUUUCUAUCGCAUUCUAUUCGUUAAACCUUAUAUUCCAUAUCUUCUUCACACACUAAUACUAUUUAAUCCCUCGCUCUUCCAUCUCACCUUUGAACGCUUCACCCAUUUCCAUCCCAUGCUAUCCAAUUAGUUUGUCCUUUUUUCCUCUUGUUUUCAGUGUCUGCGAAAGGCGUUUAUGUAAAAGAAUCCUCAGAGUGGAAACUGAAAGCAGUUUGGAUGUGUUCUGGUUUGUAAGCUUGUAUUCGGGUCAGUUCAGUUGACUUAAUUUUCGCAGGCGAGAAUAAACAACUAAAACAACAUACCGACGUAAAUCGUUUAUAUAAUGUUCAAUUUUUCGCAUCACCCACUUUUUGACCUUGUUUUCGUCUUUUGUUUUUCGCUUUUGCCUCUUUUUUCUUGAGCAACACAAAGGAUAUAAUUCUUCACUGUAAUACUGUGCGUGUGUCUGAAAAACAAAUAAUAAAAAAGAGAGACGGCCUAGCUUCUGUGCUUAUGUAGGUUGUAUGCUUACGAGCUCCGCCAUUUUUUAACAAUGACGAACCAAUGGUAUACUGCUUGCAUCUUUCAAAUUUGGUCAACCAGGACUGGUUAUGAAGAAUUAGCUGGGGGAUUUGAGUCUAUCAGAAACAGUUGAAUGAAUCAUCAUGUUUGUUAUUAUUAAAUUCACUCAAAAUAUUUCGCCGCUUCUAAUAAUAUUGGCUCAAAUCCCCUGGCUAAUAGGCUCUUUGCAUGACUUGAUCACGUGAUCAACUUUCAAUAAACAUGAAAACAGUUUUGCUAGGACAAGCUGAAAGAGCAUAUUAAAAUUAAGUAACCUGAGAAUUUUCAUCCGUGUAUCUCAAAAUUAAAAUAGCGAUUGUAACGGCCGCCGAAAGUUACAAGCAUUUGUAUGAGAAAAACAUCUUUUGCCACCCAGUCAAGCUUGCAUGGUUUUCCAUACGUACAAAUCCUUGUAAAUUCUAAUUUUUUUAAACUGUCGUUAAAUCUUUCCCUUACGUAUUUAAGGGCUCAAAUUGCCUGUUAUGAAUUAAAAGGAGAUUUGAGCCCUGUAAUGCUUAAGGAAAUAUUUGAUGAAAGUCAGUUUUGAAAUUUCGAAAUUACAAGGACUGUUAUGGAAAACCAUGCAAGCGUGACUGGAUGGCAAAAGUUUUUUGUCAUACAAAUGCUUCCAACUUUCGGCGGCCGUUACAAUCGCUACUUUUGAGAUAUACGGCUGAAAAUUCUCAGGUUGCCUAAUUUUAAUAUGUCCUUCAGUUUAUGCUAACUGAAUUUUUCAAAAAGUGAACUGUUUUCGUGUUUACCGCAAGUUGAUCACGUGAUCAAGUCACGCAAAGAGCCCUAUUCAGUAUAAUCAGCUAGCGUUGUUAACCAAAUUUGGAAGAUUCGAGCAACAUGUGAUCGAUACGAUAAAAUAACAUCUGUCUGUAUCCUGAAACCGUGUCGAGAAAGAGGCAAAUGUUUUAAAAAAAUAAAGUCUACAAGGAGGAAAAAAAUGAUAAAAGAAUUGGGAUAUUAUACUGAUAUUACUGAGGAAUUACGAAGCGGAUCCUGGACGCUGACAUCGGACUCCGCCCUCGGUGGAUAACUUCCUGCUUCUCUCCAGCUUAAAAUUAACCAUAACAGCUGUUUUACCAAAUAUGGCAGUAACAUGGCAUAUAAAUCGUUAAACGUCAAGACAAGAAACCUUAAUUCCGCAAACGUUAGAGAUUCAGGGCCAGUUAUUUAAAACUAGGUUAGCCCGUGUUUGACAAAACCGUGUUCUAAGCCAAUGCUUUUUAAAACACCAUUUAUCAUGAGCAAUUUCAAUAAAGCGUAGACUGAAAAAGCAUUUGAAUAGGAAAAGGAAAAGGAAAUAAAAUAAAUGAAUAAAUGGACUGAAUUAACUUCCAUAAAAUUAUAAUAAUAAUAAUAACGAAUAAUAAUAAGAGUAAAAUGAAAUAAAAUAAAAUGAGCAAACUUGUACGUUCAGCGUUGCUGCUAUCUUGUAGUAUUUCUUUUAUUGUGGUUGUCUUUGACAAAUAGUUUUGUAUGUUAGUUUUUUCCUACUAACUCUGAUUAAUAAUAAACAGUAUAUCAGAUUGCAUUUAUUUGCCAUUCGUAAUUCUUUCCUCUCUCUCUGUUUGUCUUCUCUGCCUUUUUUCAGAUGCUGGUAAGUGAUAAGUUCAUUACUGGGAUUUGUUAGUAUGAUUUUAACCCUUUUGACUAUGGAACUAAUGUGCAUGCGCAAUAAGCAAAACGUAAAGCUUAAUAAAUCCUGUUCACCAAGGAAAAUGGACAAACUGUUAACCAUAUUCAGGCCGCUCUGUUUGCUCUUUUUUUUUUGCUUAGUUAACUACUGCGUCCGGGGGAGCGGGGCUUGUGGAGCCACCCUCCUCGAUAACUUCAAAACUUCUGUAAACAAAAACCGAGCAGCUUGUUUUUAAUUUUGAGCAGACGCCUACGGUUACCAUAUUUGCAGACCAUGGUAUAAUGGCUCAUAUGCCAUGAUGGCUAAGCCAAUCCGAGCUCUAGAAUUGCAUUAUCCAGUGAUUCAGUUCUUAAUAAUUACCAUUAUCACAGAGCGUAGGCUUUAAAGGAUUUAUUACCUGUCCCUUUCCUGCUGUUUUAUGAAUUACCUCUCAAAAACCUCGCGUCGUGUGUUAAAUUUUGAACAGGUUUCGUGGAUGUUCACAUCUGCUCAUCGGGGAGCGACGACGCAUCAAGUGAAAGAUGUUUAGCAGGACAGGCCUCAAUCGUCGUAGAUGGAGUCGAAAUGGGGGUCACUGUAAGUAUCAUGCAUUCAUAACCAGUUAAUUAAAAAAGAGGAGCUAGCCAAGCAACGCUACAACUUACACAAAAUCAUUUGGAAAAACCAAAAUCUAAAGUAAAAAUUAUUGUAAAAACGUCGCAUGUCAAGUUUCAUUUUGAAAAGUUACCCGUCAUUCUCAUAACGAAGACCGAAGACGGGCCAGACGUUUACAGCUUCGCGAUUUUGUACUUUGCAAAGAACAAGAAUAGGCCAUUUGCACUAAGAGGUCAUGUGACAUCGUUUUUCUGAAAAUGAAAGUUACAUGAUUUUUCCUUCGAAAAACGAUUAGUGGGUCAUACCUUAAACAAAAUAAUAGUGAUUUGGUUUUCUAAACCCGCACCAUUUUCUUAAAAUGAGUAAGUUCGUAUUUGGUCACGUGACCAAAAUGUGAUUUUUAAAGUUAUGAAUUACCUCUUUCUGAACACAAAUUUUGCACUCAAACUUCGAAAAAAAAUGUUGAAAUAGAUGAUGAGGUAAUAUUUGCAGCACAUCUGAGCGUAACUAUCAAACAUUUAACAGGAUAUGAGCAAAAAGUAGUUUUGGCCGCCAUGUUGGAGAUACAAAUGAUACUACUCUGUUGAAAAAUCAAAGUACCAUAAAAUACCUCCCUUAAAUGCGUUUCCUUUCAAAUUUUGGUUGUAAGAAAAUUUUUAUGUGCUCUCUCAAUUUUUGGCAAUUGGCAUUUUUUUUUUUAAUGAUAGCUGAAGCUGACAGAGUUUUGUGUCAUCUUGUGAUGUUUCAAUUGUCUUUUUCCAAGAUUCUUUUGUUAUUCCUGGCUCGUUUGUUUAUUGGGUUUUGGUUGAGAAAUGCACCGCUUGUCAAAGUCAUCGGAAAUCCGAUUUCGGAUGGCAUCGUUUUCGUUUUGCACCUUGCUUGAUGCGUAAUAGGGUUGAAAAGUCUCAAGCGAUUCUGACCUUACUUGAUAGCUUUCAGGAGCUGCAUCUCGAAUGGUAAACCUGAGUCUUUAUUGUAUUUGAUGUUUGUUUAAUUUUUUCUGGUUCCAUGAAGUCGAGCGUAGUUUAUGCGGCUAUUUAGUUUAUGCACGUUUGUAAGAUUUGAGACAAUAAUCUGACUUACUAUCAGUUUACUAUAAGUUUACAGAAAGCUUUUAGACAUUUUCUGACCGCAAGGCAUUAUGGAAUUCUCUUCACGAAAAUGUUUUAUAAUGUGUUCAUUUCUAUAGUUUGCUGUGUGAAGAGAGCGCGUGCUUCGAUUGUCCUGAAUAUUGAAUGAGUGGGAAUUUGUCUGAAAAAUUGUGAAAAACUGCAGCUCUGUCAGAGGUCUGUAUGAUUAAAAAAAAAAAAAAAAAAAAAAGCGCCUUAUAGUGCUGUUUACCUCAGGUUUGAUGUAUAAAAAGUAUAAAAAGCUGGUUUACACGCCACCAGAUUUGUUGCCAAGAUUUUUUAAAGUGAACUUGUCGAACACAAAAAGUUCGGCCUUAUUUUUUUUAUUUUCGCCUCUCUUUUAGAGAAAGGAAAGCAACCUAUAAAUUGCAACGCGUAAAUUGGCUGCCACCUAGGGCUAUCGUGUUUUACAUUCGGUCUUUAUAGCAUAAUGAAUUAAAUUUCGGUGCUGUUCAUUAACCUUAUAGAAUGAAGUUGGUGUAGGUGGGCGACUGGGUUACUUUUUUUGGGAAGAAUUUGUUUUCCAGGCCUAAUCUGCUCUGAUCAAGAGCAAAUAUGGCUCUUGACUGUGAUCGAAGAUUACUGCUAUUUUUUCGGUGUACGGAUAGGGCUAUUAAUUCGAUGCAAGAUUUGUUUCACUCUUGGAAUGUUUGCAAAUUGUUUCUCUCUACAAUCACUUAGCCUUUCUCUGAAACGUCACAUAAAUGUGCCCAAAGGUUAACUGAUUUGUGGAUUACAAGUUUAUUGUUUGAUUUAAAUUAUAAAUUUUAUAGCGGAGCUCCACGGCUAAGGUAAUCUACCCAUCCAAGAAAUUUGGUAAUCAUGUGACCGUACACCGAAAGAACGAACGAACGACCGUCCGUCCGCACCACAGGGAAACCAAUGUUUACUCUCACACUUUCUAGCGAGUUUGGGAGCCCAGGAGAAAACUAAUUGCACAUCAAUGUUGUGAUCAAUUGACAGCUGUCAAAACAGGGUAUCCGCUGACCAGUAUCACCUGACCGUACCGCGGGCUCAAGUGUCGACCCAUCGAGGUCGAGUACUUUUUUGCAAUUAUCCGUUGACAAAUUACCAGUUUCAAAUGAUCGCAGGCUCAAGUUUAUUUUUUCCAAUGAUUCAUAUUAAAUUUGUUGUGUUGAUGUCAUUAUGGCCCCGCACUAUUAAGAUUUUGAUUUCAAACUGACCUCGGACGCGAAAAUUCAGCCAGUUUUUUAAAAAUAUAUGCGGAGAAGACAUUUUCUUACCAUGGUCACGCGUUGGUCACGCUCUACAUCCAAUUUUUAUGCUCUGAUUGGUUAAAAUUUGACAGGUGAGUUCAUGCGGAAAAUUUAUGCAGCAUCUUGAAAGUUGUUUACUUUGAGAGCUGAAGCUGACAGAGUUUUGUGUCAACUGGUGAUGUUUUUAACUGCCUUUUUCGACCGGAUGUACAAAAUGAAAUACAGCUUCUAUCAAGAGUCUUCUGUUAUUCAUGGCUGGUUUGUUUAAUAUUGGGUUUUUGGUUGAGAAAAGCGUCGCUUGUCAAAAUUCGAUAAUCCGAUUUCGGAUGGCGUCGUUUUUGUUUUUCACCUUGCUUAAAUGCGUAAGAGGGUUUAAAAGUCUCAAGCAACUGUGGCCUUCCUUGAUAGCUUUCAGAACUGAAUCUCGAAUGGUAAGCUUGAGUAAUUAUUGUAUUUGAUGUUUGGUUUUGUUAUAUCUAAUUUCAUGAAGUCGAGCACAGUUUAUGCGGCAAGUUUAUGCACGGUUGUAAGAUUUGAGUCAAUGAUCUGACCUAGUGUCAGGUUUGAUAUAAGCUUACAGUUAUAUUUUUUCACCGCAAAUAGAAAGAAAACGUUCCGAAGAAUAUUUAGUUAUAAAUUUGGCUGUAGAAAGAAACCUUUGACCGAUUUUCUUGUUUGGAGGAGUUCAUCUUUGAAAAAAGCAAACACCGGGAGGCCGGCUUAAAGUAAAACAUAAUUAAGUUAAGCUUAAAGACUCAGGAUUUUUAGAGACACUUUUAAUACCUGUCUUCGUGAAUGAAAAUUGUUGCCUCUGUAAAUGUUUCACCGAAUUAUAUUUCUUUUAUUGAUUGUUAGUAGUCUCUCUUGCAAUUUUAAUCGCUUGUACGUGCCGUUUGUUUUCAUCGUGAACAUCGCUUGCAGGAGUACUAAAAAAUGUCGCGCGUAUCAAACGCUUCAUAAGAUUACAUAUGGUUAUAACUGAAAACAUUAAAUAGAGGAUAUUACACGGUGGCGAGAAGAUAUGAAUUUUAUGUUCGAGUGGCAAGAACAAUAUCUCACGAGUGAGCGAAGCGAACGAGUGAGAUAUUGUUUUUGCCACGAGAACAUAAAAUUCAUAUCUUCGAGCCAACGUGUAAUGUUCUUUUUAUUAUAUGGAGAAACCAUUUCAACAAAAGCAAAAGGCGGGAAUCGAGACGUCAUUGAACGAUACGACACUCACAAAGGUGACAUACGGAAAAUACGCCACUCGGGUCCCGGAUGAAGUGGCGUAUGGAAUCUACGAGUGGUUUAGUUCCCAGUAAAACACUCUCCUCCAUAUAAUAAAUAAUAAUAAUAAAUUCGUUAUUAUGUUGAAGCGUAACUCUAUUAAAGUUCAUUCAAACACUCGACCACACUGACAGCUGCACUAGAAAUGAGAACCGGCUGGCCGUAUGGGUGAUUUUGGAAUUUUUUUAAGGUUUCGCUAAAAGCCCACGAUUGAUCGUCCUGAAUAUUGACUAAGUGCAAUUUGUCUUGAAAAAUUGUGAACUGCCGCAUUCUGUCCGACGUUUGUAUGAUAAAUAGUACUUUUUCACCUCAGAUGUGAUAUACUGAAAGAGUAUGAAAGGUUGGUUUACACACCCCCAGACUUGUUGGCAAGAAUUUGUAAAGUAAACCUGUCAAACGCAAAAAGAUUCGGCCUGAUUUGUUUUCCAAGAAUUUGUUUUCGAGGCCUAAUCUACUGUGAUCAACAGCCAUUAUGGCUCUUGAGUGUGAUCGAACAUGUUUGCCAUUUUUUGGGUGUACAUAUAAGGCUAUCAACUCGAUGUAAGAUGUUUCACUCUAAAAUAACUUAGCCUUUCCCUCAAAAGUCACAUGAAUGUGCCCUUAAGUUAACCGAUUUGUGGAUUACAAGUUUAUUGUUUGAUUUAAAUUAUAAAUUUAUUAACGGGAGCUUCGCUUUUAGCCGUGGGUAAAUCUAUAUAUUAAUGGGAGCUUCGCUUUUAGCCCUGGGUAAAUCUAUAUAUAUAUAUAUAUAUAUAUAUAUAUAUGCUCUGCAGUUCUGCAUUUUAUGUUGAUCGAGAAAUGCUGAACGGACGACUUCUCGUGUGAUAAUUUUUUUAUUUUAUUUUUUUCAGCAAAGAGGAUACAAUGUCGUGGUUCUCGACAGGGAAGGAAACUUCACUGAUUUUAGAGCAUUUGAUUUUCAUGCUUACUCAUAUGCUGAUGACUAUUUGAGUGAUUUUUUAGCCGAAAUUGCAGACAACGCUAUCGUGUUGAUCGCCGUAAUGGAUGAAGCUUGGUGGAGUGGUAACGCACCUGAAAGUGACAAACAGGCAGCUGACCAACAACUGAGAAGCUUAGGAGCCAAAAACCCCAGACCAUCUGAAUAUCGUGCAUCAUGGGCCCUGGUUGGAUAUAAGGGAUCACACGGAGGAGUGGAUUGGGUUAGAUUCGCAGAGGCGCCAAGAAUGCAGGGGCCGACAGAGAUAGGUGUAAAGAUUCCCACACCGUUACAUACCUAUGGUUGCGCCUAA